AGGGGAGGAGGGAGCGGCUGCGGGCAGGCCGGGGGCCAGCAUGCCGGGGAAGCCGCCGGGCGCGGGCGCCGAGCCGGGGUCCGGGGCCGGGGCCGGGGCGCGGCGGCCCCCGCGGCCCGGCGCGUCCUGCUUCGCCAGCAUCAAGGUCUUCCUGGUGUCCGAGUGCGCGCUGAUGCUGGCGCAGGGCACGGUGGGCGCCUACCUGGUGAGUGUCCUGACCACGCUGGAGCGCAGGUUCAACCUGCAGAGCACUGAUGUGGGCGUGAUCGCCAGCAGCUUUGAGAUCGGGAACCUGGCGCUCAUCCUAUUCGUCAGCUACUUUGGGGCGCGUGGGCACCGGCCACGCCUCAUUGGCUGCGGCGGCAUCGUCAUGGCCCUGGGUGCACUACUGUCGGCGUUGCCCGAGUUCCUGACGCACCAGUACAAGUACGAGGCUGGCGAGAUCCGCUGGGGCGCCGAGGGCCGUGAUGUGUGUGCCGCCAACGGCUCUGGCGGCGACCCCGGGCCCGACCCGGACCUCAUCUGCCGCAGCCGCACAGCCACCAACAUGAUGUACCUGCUGCUGAUCGGGGCCCAGGUGCUCCUGGGCAUCGGUGCCACGCCCGUACAGCCGCUGGGCGUCUCCUACAUCGACGACCACGUGCACCGGAAGGACUCCUCGCUCUACAUAGGAAUCCUGUUCACAAUGUUGGUGUUCGGGCCAGCCUGCGGCUUCAUCCUGGGCUCCUUCUGUACCAAGAUCUAUGUGGACGCCGUCUUCAUCGACACAAGCAGCCUGGACAUCACGCCAGACGACCCCCGCUGGAUCGGAGCCUGGUGGGGCGGCUUUCUGCUCUGUGGGGCUCUGCUCUUCUUCUCGUCCCUCCUGAUGUUCGGCUUCCCACAGUCCCUGCCCCUGCACCCUGACGCAGGCCUGGAGAGUGAGCAGGCCAUGCUGCCCGAGAGGGACUACAAGCUCCCCAAGCCCAGCAACGGGGUCGUGAGGCACCCCCUGGAGCCCGACAGCACGGCCUCCUGCUUCCAGCAGCUGCGAGUGAUCCCCAAGGUCACCAGCCACCUGCUGUCCAACCCGGUGUUCACGUGCAUCGCGCUGGCCGCGUGCAUGGAGAUCGCGGUGGUGGCCGGCUUCGCCGCCUUCCUGGGCAAGUACCUGGAGCAGCAGUUUGACCUCACCACCUCGUCCGCCAACCAGCUGCUGGGGAUGACGGCCAUCCCGUGCGCCUGCCUGGGCAUCUUCCUGGGGGGCCUCCUGGUGAAGAAGUUCAGCCUGUCCGCCCUGGGCGCCAUCCGCAUGGCCAUGCUGGUCAACCUGGUGUCCACAGCCUGUUACGUCUCCUUCCUCUUCCUGGGCUGUGACACGGGGCCUGUGGCCGGGGUGACCGUCCCCUAUGGCAACGCCUCAGCGUCCAGCUCAGCCCUGGACCCCUACGCACCCUGCAACAAAAACUGUGAAUGCCAGACAGACUCCUUCACCCCCGUGUGCGGCGCAGACGGCACCACCUACCUGUCCGCCUGCUUCGCCGGCUGCAACAGCACGAACCUCACGGGCUGUGCGUGCCUCAGCGGCGUCCCACCAGAGAAUGCCACCGUGGUGCCUGGGAAGUGCCCGAGCCCGGGGUGCCAGGAGGCAUUCCUCAUCUUCCUCUGCGUCAUGUGUCUCUGUAGCAUGAUCGGGGCCAUGGCCCAGACACCCUCCGUCAUCAUCCUCAUCCGGACCGUCAGCCCCGAUCUCAAGUCCUACGCCCUGGGGGUGCUGUUCCUUCUCCUCCGGCUGCUCGGCUUCAUCCCUCCGCCACUCAUUUUCGGGGCGGGCAUCGACUCCACCUGCCUGUUCUGGAGCGCCUUCUGUGGGGAGCAGGGCGCCUGCGUCCUCUACGACAACGUGGCCUACCGCCACCUGUACGUCAGCAUCGCCAUCGCACUCAAGGCCACGGCCUUCCUGCUCUACACCACGUCGUGGCAGUGUCUGCGCAGGGACUACCAGCGUUACAUCCAGAACCACGAGGGCGUGCUGAGCACCAGUGAGUUGUUCGCCUCCACUCUGACCCUGGACAAGCUGGGGAGGGACGCGGGCAGCGCCCCGCAGACACACAGGACCAAGUUUAUCUAUAACCUCGAAGACCACGAAUGGUGCGAGAACAUGGAAUCCGUUUUAUAGUGGCCAUGGGGUUGGGGGGGAACAGCCUCACCCUAGUGACUAGAGGGUCAUUUUUUUCCCCUAAAAAAGCAACAGCAGACCCGCAAACAAACAAAACCCACUUGGGGCCGCACAGCCCCCCCCCGGCCCUUUGCCUCAAGAUCAGGGCCCGACAUUGAGACAAGCCUGCCACCGUGUGGCCGUGGCUGUCUGGUACCAGAUACCACCCUGGGAACCGCGUGUGACUACUGCAAGCAAGCUAGAGAGACCAUCCCGCGGGUCCCGCUUGGAGGACAGAAGGUUCUGGACUGGACGGACAGACACAGACAACACGCGGGUUUUUUUUUUUCUUUUUAAGUCACCUAAAAGGAAACCAAGUUGUCAACCUGGCUGGGACAAUCACUGGUGACCCUCCGGGCGGGCGGUGGUCACCACUUCUGAUGAUCGCAGUAGGUUCCCUGCGUGGACCCCGCCGUCCACCCGGGGGUCCGUGGCCCCCUGGAGUCCACCCAGCCAUGCCCCCUCUGGGGGCAUCCAGGCUGGAGGCUGCCCCGGGCACUUCUCACCAGCUCCAUUUCCAUGCUCCAGACUGAGGGCCCAGGGGAGUCGGAUCUGGGGGGAAGGAUUGUCCCUCUCCCCCGUCCAAUGCCCCCAGUCCCCACAGAGUGACCUCAGGAAGCUGUGGGUCUCACCUGGCUAUGACUGACCCUGCUCAGAGCUGGUGAAGACCCCUACCUAGUCCAAGUCAUUUGCUUACAUUAGCCAAACAUUUUGCCACUUUUUUAAGAAAACAAAACAAAAACAAAAACAAAAAAAGGCAACGCACCUGCAUUUCAAACAGUUGUACGUAGACCCCCCACACACACACCUCACCCCUACACUAUUUUUAACGACAUCUGCAUCUGUGUUUUCUCUGCCCUCUCUGUUCUCCAGGCUGAGUUUAUUAUGCUGGUUUGCUUUUACUUUUCUCCUUGGAUUUUUUUUUUAAUGCACCAAAAAUAUAAUGUGAUUCAAGGGA